GCAUCAGUAUUUUGAGGAGCUCUGAACAAGAAGCAUCUCCUCAGCUGGAUGAUAUCUGGAGUCAACACAGAUCUACUCAGAGAUGGCCUUACUGAACCUGUUCUUCUGCCUUGUGUUUAGCUCCCCACUGAUGGCGAUGCCUCCAGUCCUACAGGGGAGAAAAAGCAUGAGUCCAGAUUCUAUCCUAAAAGACACAUCCACAGAUGAUGGAGUCAGGGACUUCCAGGGGAGGAAGUUCCCCCAAUUCAUGAUGCAGCUGUACCAGAAUAUUAUCAGAGGCAGAGAUAAAGAUCUAUCCAACCUGGAACAUCCAACUCUUCAGGAAUCUGAUACCGUCCAAAGCUUCAUUGCUAAAAGUUAUAUUACAAAGGGAAAUCACUGGACCUUGUUCUUUGAUAUGUCCUCCAUCUCCAGAAGCAUUGAGCUGAAGUUGGCUGAGCUACGUAUUUGCCUCCCUUCCUUUGGAAAGUUCCACACUGUGACCGUAGAAAUCUACCAUACAAAGGAUGGCAAGGAGAAAUUAUUUAUGGGAUCAUUCAAGUCUAAGCUUUCUUCUGCUCUAGAUGCUGACUGCAAGGUCUUCAAUCUCACAAUUUUGCUGGAGAACUUUCUCAUCAGGGGAAAGAGGUUGAUAAAGGAUGAAUACAUACAGGCAAAGGGUCUCCAUCUGAGAGAUCUAGAGAAGAGUGUCAUAGAAAUAAGAGCAGAAAAUGUUGAUACAUUAAAACAAGACAGACAUCAUGUAUCUGACUUCACUGCUGAAAAAAUCAUACUAGUUGUGUUUGCUAAAGAAGAGUCUCAUGCUAAACCUGAUCCCCCCAGUCUUGGCAAGAAGCUGUUCCCUUCAAAGUAUGGUAUUGAUGAUAAUGCCAACAAGGUGAAUGGAUUUCGGAGGCUUAGAAGGAACAAGAAAGAGAAAACACAAAUCCAUGUGAGCACCGUUCCACCUAAACCUAUUGAAGAGAUCAAACCCAAGUGCAAGAAGGUGGACAUGUUUGUGGACUUUCAGAAGAUCGGAUGGGGCAGCUGGAUUGUUUACCCCAAGGCAUAUAAUGCAUAUAGAUGUGAAUCCACCUGUGCAGUUCCACAGAAUGAGACAGAGAAUGCAACAAACCAUUCCUACAUUAAGAGUUUGCUCCCUCUGAGCGACAUGGAGAGAAAAGAGUGUCCCUCCUGUGUCCCAGUGAAGAUGAUGUCCAUGUCAAUGUUGUACUAUGAGAAUGAAGAUUUUAUCCUGAGGCACCAUGAAGAGAUGAUUGUAGAAGAAUGUGGUUUCAAGGACAUGUAACACUGACUUUGUUUCACAGAUUUUUAUUACCACAUCCAACUAAUCCAUCUUGGAUUCCUUAUUCAUCCCAUGUUUUUUACAUUAUAAUGUGAGGCACACAUUUAUCUUUUUUUUAUUUUACUCUGACCUUUUGUACUGAGAAGCUGAUCCAUGAAUCCACUGCCUGUUAUUUAGAGCAGCACUUGUCCCAUUAUCUAAUGUAUGCAUGAUAUUGUCUCAAUUAGCCUUGCUCUAUAUAUUUUUUAUGUAAUGUUUUCUUAUUUCAUUAUAAGUAAUAUAGGCAAUGGUCAUUUACAAUGUGUGCACGUUAAUUCAAGCACAGAAUAUUGUAUAUUGUGAUAGAUAUGAAUAAAAUAUA